GUCCGCUUUUUUCCUUCACCAUUCCCAGUCAUAAAUUCUUUUCAGGUAUUAUUUGUCAAGCCGCCAAAGUGGAGAGUGUCGUCGCAACAGGGGGUCCUUCUCGUUUCAGCGAGUUCCUGGGGAAGACUCCAGGUUCUAGCGUUCAGAGAUGGGUACCUUCUCGCUGCACUAGACGAGAUGCAAUCCCCUCCAAAGACAACGGGCAAAAUGACGCAACCUUCAGGAAAGUGAGAGGCAUCCUUAAUAAGUUGACUCCGGAAAAGUUUGACAAACUAUGUCUGGAGCUCCUUCAUGUGGGCGUAGAAUCAAAAGUUAUCUUGAAGGGAACCAUCUUGUUGAUUGUUGACAAAGCCCUGGAAGAGCCCAAGUACAGCCAGUUAUACGCUCAGCUAUGUCGCCGCUUGUCUGAGGAUGCACCAAACUUUGAACCGCCAACAACAGAAAGUCAAGCAACACAAAAGCAGAAUACUACCUUCAGACGGCUUCUGAUUUCCAAGCUUCAAGAUGAGUUUGAGAACCGUGCCAGAAAUGUUGACCUCUUUGACAAAGAUGAUGCCCCACUCACCCCAGAGGAGGAGGAACAGCGUGCUAUUGCAAAGAUCAAGAUGCUGGGCAACAUCAAAUUCAUUGGUGAACUUGGCAAACUCAGCCUUAUCCACGAAUCAAUCCUUCACAAGUGUAUUAAAACGCUCUUGGAGAAGAAGAAAAGGGUUCAAUUUGUGGAUAUGGGGGAUGAUUUGGAAUGCCUCUGUCAGAUAAUGAAAACGGUGGGACCUAAGCUUGAUCAUGAAAAGGCCAGGUCCUUGAUGAAUCAGUACUUUAGCCGCAUGAAGUCCUUAAUAAACAACAAGGACCUGCCUGCGAGGAUUCGUUUCCUGCUGCAGAACACGGUGGAGAUGCGUGCAAACAACUGGAAAGCCCGCAAGGCUUAUGUUGACAACGGACCAAAGACGAUCAGCCAAGUUCGUCAGGAUGCAGUAAAGGAUUUGGGUGUGUUUAUUCCGCCUCCCAACGAUGCAAUGAGGAAUGACUACUUCAUGGACAGUUCCUCCUUCCUGCCAACAAGAAUCAAGUUUGACAGGGAAAUGCUCGGUGGGCUGGCUGAUAUGUUUGGACAAAUGCCUGGAAGUGGCAUUGGUACAGGUCCAGGAGUCAUUCAGGACCACUAUUCACCAACCAUGGGGCGUCACCGCACAAACCCACUCUUCAAUGGCCAUAUUGGAAAUGGCAACGCUUCACACCAACCUCAGUUUGAAGCAGGAAGCAAACCUUUCAUAAAAACAAAUCAGGGACAAAGUUCACCAGUUUUCAACCAUAAACAGAAUCACUCAGGUCCGAUGCAGUCUAAGGAUAUGUCCUCACGAUUCGUCAAGAAAGGAAAAGUUAAUGUUGAUGAGAUCAGUCUGAGGCCAGCGCAGUCUUUCAUCUUGAGCAAAAAACAAGUGCCAAAGCUGCAGCCACAGAUGAGUAUGAUCCCACCAAGUGCCCAAGGUUUAACACUGGGACAGUCUCCUCAGCUUGGCUUGAAGACCAAUCCUCUUCCUAUUCAGGAAAAACCAUCAAAGUCGGUUAAAAAAGCUCCACCUACAAAGGAAGAGUUGCACAAAAUGACAGAGACACUGCUAACAGACUACCUGAAUAACAAGAACACUGAAGAGGCAUUGAACGCUGUGAAGGACAUGAAGGCUCCCAAGUACUUUUUGUCCGAGAUGCUGAACAAGAUCAUAAUUCACUCUCUUGAUCGUUCGGAUGAGGAUAAAGAACACUCCAGCACCCUGAUCCAUGCACUCUGCACAGAGGGCCUCGUUCCUGGUGAAGACCUGAUGACGGCCUUUUUGAGUGUCCUGGAACAGUGUCCUAAGAUUGAAGAAGAAAUCCCAUUAGUGAAGUCUUACCUGGCACAGUUUGCAGCACGUGCCAUCAUUGCAGACUUGGUCAGCAUUGCAGACUUGGCCCAUCACCUGGAGAACGGUGCACACUUCCCACUCUUCUUGCUCUGCCUGCAGCAGAUGGUCAAACUGAAGGACCGCGAUUGGCUGGCCGACUUGUUCCAGCAAAGUAAAAUCAACAUGCAGAAGAUGCUGCCCGAAAUCGACCAGAACAAAGACAGGAUGCUGGAGAUCCUGGAGGGCAAAAGUCUCAGCUUCUUGUUCCCAUUGAUGAAACUGGAAAAAGAGCUGCUGAAGCAGAUCAAGGUGGAUCCCUCUCCACAGUCCAUCUACAAGUGGAUCAAGGACAACAUCUCCACUAAACUCCACACUGAUAAAGGCUUUGUCAACAUCCUUGUCACCAGUUUCUUGCAGUACAUCGCUUAUGAACUCAACCCCGAUGACGACGAAGAGCAGCUCGCUUCACCGAGUAAGGAGCAGCUGGACGAGGAGAAGCAGCUGAUGCUGUCCUUCAAGCCAGUGAUGCAGAAGUUCCUACACGAUCACGUCUACCUUCAGGUGGCUGCGCUCUACGCCCUGCAGGUCCACUGCAACACCAAAGGCUUCCCUAAAGGCAUGUUACUGCGCUACUUUGUGAACUUUUAUGACAUGGAGAUAAUUGAAGAGGAGGCCUUCCUGUCAUGGAAAGAAGAUAUCACCCAGGAGUAUCCGGGGAAGGGGAAAGCAUUAUUUCAGGUGAACCAGUGGUUGACUUGGCUGGAGACUGCAGAAGAGGAGGAGUCUGAGGAGGAAGAGUUCUGAGGAACAAGCCAGAGCCAUGUGUUAUCAGGAUGCAAUUUCUUUCUUUCCUUUUUGUGUCUGUGACCCUCUCUGUCUAAAGUUAACUCCCUCCCCACUUUUUUUACGUUUUUUUUCUUCAGCCACUGUUACAACUUGUUUCACCAUGAAAAGUUAGCCAGAUCAAGCCAGCUUCACCAUCUUGUAUUUAAUGGUUUUUCCUUUUCCCGUCUUUAUUUGAUGUCGUACAGUAGAUAUUUUAUACAUUUCAAUCAUCUUGGGUUAUGUUUUCUAAACAGUUGGGCGGUAUUUUGCAGGAACAUGUGCCAGCGCCGUAACCUGACCCAUUUUUAUCAGGAGUCACCAAGUGCUGCUGAAACUGUUUACAAAGAGAGAAGAGGCUCCAACAUACAGCAACGAGGCUUUUCCUCAGUGUUUUAUCAGCAUUUGUUAAAUCAGUUUUUAGACGCACUUUGCUCAACACCUUGAGUCGUUGCAAUAGUGAAACUACACUUUCCUUGAUUUGUUACGUCAACCCUGAGUUUUUAGAUCCCUUGGUAAUAAUGGUUUUCUUGUGCAUGAAAACAGACCAUUUUGUCUCCAUUCACAUCUCGACCAGGUUCCGACGACUCGGUCACGAUAAUGGCCCGUUUUAUUUGCACAGUGUGAUUUACGGUCUCCCACUAUAAGUUUAAAUGAAUCAAGAGUUUUUAUAAUGUCUGAAACUUUUGUGCUGUUAGGAAUGAAUCUGUGUGGCCUUUGCUUUUUUUAAUUUAUCAUUAAUAUGGAUAUACCUCUAAUGAAUCUCAGACUAUACUUGAACGGCUCGGUUUCAACACUGAGGCAGCCAAAGCUUAGUUUCCUGUGCUAGCUGUUCACCACCACAUGUGGAUAUUUUAAGUCUGUUUGCCAUAUUUGUCAAGUUUUUAAAUUGUCUUUUUAUCCUCACAAAAUUACAAAGAAUGUACUGUAUGUGUACACUUAGACAAUUUUGGAGUGACAACGAAACUUUGGGUGUACAACUACAGAUCAAGCUUGAAUAAAGUUUAACAGUUAAA